AUGCCUAGACAUAGUACCCCUAGAAGCUCUGUGCUUCCUAGAGACAGCAUACCUACAGAUAGUCCCAGCAACCCUUUUGGACCUACUAGGUACUCUCUUGAACAAUCUUCUCCUGAGGAGCUAGUGAUCCCCCAACCCAUCCUACCCUAUGAAUCACCCAUCAAGCCACCUGCUUCUAUGCCAGCCUUGGAAGACCCUCAAGCAGGACCUAGUAGCUCAAGAAGGAUAUCACCUCACUCUCAUAAGUCAUCAUCCAGACAUUCUCCAAGAUUGUCUCCUUUGGAAUAUGAAGCUCUUCAGGAAGCAAGCAAGCUAGCUAAGCCAAGUUCUUCUUUAAGGAAGCCUUCACCUUUUGGUCAUAAGACUAGCCCAGCUACCUUCCAGAGAAUGAUCCCUGUAUUUGGACUUCCAGAUAUAGAGAUGCUGGAACCUUCCUCUAGAAAAACCUCUGAGGCCCACAUAUCCAAGCAUAGGGAAACUCAAGCUGCCUUACUGGACCCUAAUGAUAGGUCUUUUACUAAUGACCCAGCUAUCCAGAAGUACCUACCCUAUUCUCCUUCCACUAGUUUAUACCCUUUAAAUGAAGAAUUUCUGGGAGAAUUCAACUAUCAGCCUGACUGUACCCAAAUGACCUCUUGGUGCAGGAAGAACCCUCAAGCUAAUAGUUUCAGGAAAGUUUAUAGGCAGCUAGGAAGAGUAUUCUAUCAUGUGGAGAUACCUCCAGCACAUGAGAAUUGCUACCCCUCACCUUCUUGUGAGCAAUGGGCUUCUCACUACUUCAAACUACUAGAUACUGUAGUAACCUUUAGACCUACAUGUUGCAUCACUACCAAGUUAGUUCCUGCUCAAGAAAUCAACCAUUGGCCUGAAUAUGGUAAGUUACACAUAGACCUGAAUAAACUAAUCAAGAGAACUGUUCAGAACAUCUAUGACAUGGAAGAGCUAUUGCCUAUUCCAGAAUGGCCAGAACAUGACUGUCUGUUCACCUCUCAUUCCUUUGAGGUAGCUGCAGUCACUUAUAGGGAUCAGAUGGAGCGUUUCAUUCAGAAGCUGUAUGAGAUUCUUGGUAGACAACUUCAGACUGGACCACCUUCCCCAGUCAUCUCUGCAGGACAUCUCAGUGAGGUAGAACCUGGACAAGAACACCUUAGAGAUAGGACUCUACAACUUAAGCAAGAUAUGACUCUGUUGGUGCCCAAAAGUUCUAGAGCCUCUUCUGUCACUCCACAGGAGGCGGCUCAAGAAAACUUACUAAGGAGUCUUAUCAAACCCACAAGCCAAGUUACUAUUGCUAGUCCUUUACUUCCAGAACCUCAGGUCUCUCCUCCAGCUGUAACCUUAGACACCUCCAGCAGUACUCCUCCAGGACAACCUCCUAGUAGUCUUCAUUCAUCCAAAGCCUCUCUCACUGUUACUAUGCAACCUAGGUACUUAGGACCUGAUAAUGGAACUUUACUCAUUCCCUCAGAACCUUUACCACCACCUCCUAGUGCUAUUGCUACUUCCUCCUCUAGAUCUAUACCCUUAGGAAUAAUACCAGAGGAGUCACCCCAUGUAACAUUACAAGUUCCACCUACCUUAGAAAGGACUGAGAGACUUAGGAGAGAAGCUAUUAGAUCUCUAGGACCUAGACCACCUACUCCUAGACCCACUGUAGUCCCUUCCACUAGUUCAGAAGAAACCUUACCAUCAUCACCUAGAGGUAAUGCUAGUGUUCCUAUUGCACAACCUUCAGCUAUACCUCCUUUCAAUAUACAAGCCCUUGAAGACUACAUCAACAAUCUUUCAGAUGGAAGUAUAGAUGGCUUGAGUUCUCCUGAAUCAUCAACUGGAAGAGACCAAGUAGCCCCAGAACUAAUAGCCCCAUCUACACCUGCUGAUUCUAUUACUUCUGUCUCAAGUGCUGCUACACACACCAUACAAAUUCCAGUGGCACAAUCUACUCCCAGGAUUAGGAGCCAAGUAGAAGAGGAUAAUGUUAGGAAUAUACCUUAUAAUCCACCUUUAAGCAAUGCUACUAGAAGAGUUAGCCUUGCAGGCCCAAGUAUUCCUCUUAGAGAUCCACCUCCACAUGCUGACUUUAUCAAUUGCAGAUCUUCCUUGGGAGCAAAUCAACAAUCCUCAGGAAGACCAGCUAUACCAGCUGAGUCCUUUACCAGAGUAUCUACAAUCCCAGAAGAGCGCUCCUCUAGACUAGCUGAAAGUGCACACAGGAAACCUACCUUCUCUCCUGAAUCAAGAAGAACUCCUCUAAGUAUCCAUACCAAUUUACCUUACUUACAGGAGCAGCCAGCACCAGCUACUAGAGAAGAAGCCAAUAUGAGUAGGAGAGGAAACUUCUUAGCCCCUCUACUAGCACCUGUCCCACAACUUCAAGUACCUCCAGCACCACCCAUUGACAGGACUAGUGAGCUGUUUAAUGAUCCACCUCCUAGGGAUCAACUUAGAGAUAGACUAGUUCCCUUAGCUGAAGGAGGAGGAGGAAAUGACCCACCAUAUGAUAGUGAUGAUGGAGAUUUUGAUAACUCUGGUAGAAGAAGGGACAACCUACCUAGAAGGAAUAGAGGAGGACCUCCUAACAACCCAGAAGACCCAGGAAAUGAACCAUAUGCUCAAGCAAAUGCAGCUAGAGCUAGACCUUUCAACCCAGCUCCUGUACAUUUUGAUACUAAGCUGAAACCUGACAUAAUCCCAGAAUGGGAUGGAGAUACUAAGAAGCUGUUGCGCUGGAUGACAUCCAUCAAUAACAUAGCUGAGUAUAGUAGCUACACUAGAAUUCAGCUUGGACAGCAGAUUCCUCUCAGGUUCACAGGAAGAGCUCUUAGAUGGUUCAAUGCAUUGGAUAAGGACUAUAGGCAAAUUAUAACUGAAGACUGGCCAGCACUUAGGCAAGCUAUCACUAUCCACUUCAUGAAUAGAACCUUCCUGAACAGAAGCAAGAAUGAAGCCAUGCAAAUCAGGUUCAGGGAUAAAGAUCACUCAGAAGAAACUCCAGAAGACUAUGUCAUCAGGAAGAUGGAGGCUCUUACUAUUGUCAGUGACUGGACUGACUCUGAAUUAAUCUUUGAAAUCAUGAAUGGUGCUCCUAAGUCCUGGACCACGCAUAUAGACACCUCAAGAAUAGUCACUUGGGAAGACUUCCUUGACAAGAUUGCAUGGCAUGAGGAGGACCUUUUGGGAAAAGAUUCUUCUCAUAACUCUGACAUACAGCGUCAGCUACAUCAGAUGCAAUCUACUCUCAAGAGACUAGAAGGAAACAGGCACUCUAGGCCAAGUGCACGCUCACACUUAGCAGGAUCUAAACCAGUAGGAUGGCAUCAAAAUAAUCCUCCACCAAAAUACCCUAAGGAUGACUCCACAGUACCUAAAGGUAAAACUCCUAAAGACAAGAAAGCUAGACCUUGUAGACACUGUGGAAGUAUGAUUCACUGGGAUAGAGACUGUAAGCAUGCUAAGAAAAAUUCCAGAUUUGUGCAAUCACAUAUGGCACAAGCAGAUGAUGAUGAAUGGGAAGCUCAGGAAGCUUAUGAAGAUCUCUGUGAUGAAGCCUACCUUGAUGAGACAGAAUAUGACACUGAAGGAGAAGAGUCUGUUUCUGAGGAAGAGCAGGAUUUUCAUAAGCCCCUUCAGUCAUUAGCUGUCUCUACCUCCAGCGCUAAGCCCAGCUCUGGAUCCCAGGAGGAACAGCAUGGUCUGGAGGGGACCACUGUCAGCCAGGGUACUAACUCUGCUGACCAGGGCAGUAAGGAGUCUGAUUCAUCUGUAUUUUCUGGAUAUGUACAACCCAAGCUCCCCACUAGGAAGAGCCUUAAUAAGAAACUGAAAAUGGCUAGUAGUCAUACAGCUAUUGCCAAGAAUGGAGAAGAAAUCACUCUCAAGCAAUUAAUGUCAAGACCACCAGGAACUGCUUUCUUUGGAUCCAAAGCCACUAUCAUCAAAGGAUGGCUUCAGACAAGUAAUGGACCUAAGAAGCGCAUCACCUUUGACUCAGGAUCAGAGAUCACUCUCAUUGAUGAGUCAAUACUUAAAACUCUAGACCCAUCACCUAGAGUGCGCAUUGGACAAAAACUCAAGUUAAUUCAAGUUACUGGGAAUAUUAGGAAUAGAGAUGGAACAAGGAUAGGUUUUGGGAAUACAGGACGUUCUAUUCCUGUGGAAGAAUCAGAUUCCAGCCCAAGAAUUGACCAGCAAGGUAAUACCUUUAUGGUUGAGGUUGCGCAAGGAUUCAUCAAGAAUUCUGAGAAAAUCAAGAUCUCUGAGAAAGCCUACAAGAAGCAACUCCAACAUAGAAAAUUACCUCCCAAUACUGUCAAAGUAAAGGUCUAUGAGACAGUUACUAUCCCAGCGCAUACCAUCAAGCUCAUCAAAGUCAAGACAACAUGGAAGGAAGGUCAAGCCUCUGGUUUUAUGGACAGAUCUUUCAACUCCCAUCAACAAGAAGAACAUCUGUUUGCAAUAACAGACUGUCUGAUAGAUAGGAACAAUCCCAAGAUUCAGGUUUCUAACCUGUCAGAACAUCCUUUAAGAUUGCAAGGAGGAGAAAUUCUUGGAUAUAUGCAUGAUCCCAACAAAUACCUUGCAAAGGAAAAGGACAUUACUAAGGAAGAAAAAGACAGCAUUAUCAAGUAUGCUACCUUAGUACAAGCCAUGGUGCAGAGGAAAGCUGAAGAAAAGCCUACUGCACAAGAAGAGGAAUUAAUGAAGUCACCUGAAGGAGAACCCAAGACUGUCAUAACCCAUAUCUGGAAAGGUUAUUACCAUAUAUAUCCACUGUCAAAGAUAUAUAUAGUGGCUUGGUCAGGAGACAUGCCAGCAAAGGCAUGGGUCAUGACAAAGACUGCUGAAGUACCAGACCCAGAACCUGUCCCUUCAGAUAGAUUCCUUCAAGAAGUCAAUUUCUCAGAACAUCUCACUGCUAAUCAAAGAGCUAAACUAGAAAAAGUCUUGCGCAAGCAUGAGUUAGCCUUUGGAUUAGAUGGUAGACUUGGUACUCAUAACACUCAACUGGAAAUUAGACUAAGGCCAGGAACUAAAGAAAUAUCUCUAACCCCUUACCAUGCUUCUCCAGCUAAAAGAGAAGUCAUUGACAAGCAGAUUGAGGAAUGGCUUAAACUUGGAGUCAUUGAGCCAUCCAAGAGUGCUUGGGGAUUUCCUGUCAUAGUAGUCUAUUGUAACAGUAAACCCAGACUAUGUGUGGAUUACAGACACCUCAAUGAAGUAGCUGUACCAGAUGAGUAUCCUUUACCAAAACAAACUGACAUCUUGCAUGCUUUAGAAGGAUCUCAAUGGCUUACUACCUUAGAUGUGCUAGCUGGAUUCACUCAGCUGACCAUUAAGGAAGAAGACAGAGAGAAACUUGCUUUCAGAUGUCACAACGGCCAUUGGCAACCUACCAAACUACUCUUUGGAUAUAGGAAUGGACCAGCAGAGUUCCAGCGUGUCAUGAAUAGGAUACUUUCAAGAUUUCUAUGGCAAUUUGCCCUAGCAUAUAUUGAUGACAUAGUGAUCUAUAGUGUUGAGUUUGAAGACCAUUGCAAUCACUUAGAGCAAGUCUUAGGAGCUAUUGAAGAAGCUGAAAUCACCCUAUCUCCAAAGAAAUGCCACAUUGGAUACCAAUCACUACUAUUGCUAGGACAGAAGGUAUCAAGAUUAGGUCUAUCAACCCAUAAGGAAAAAGUUGAUGCUAUCUUAGAGUUGGAACCUCCUAAAAAUGUUCCUACUUUACAGACUUUCUUAGGGAUGAUGACUUAUUUCUCUAGUUAUAUUCCCUUCUACUCAUGGAUUGUAGCACCUUUGUUUAAGCUUCUCAAGAAAGGAACAGCUUGGUCUUGGGAGGAAAAGGAGCAACAAGCAUUUGAACUUGCUAAAGAGGCCCUUGCAUCUGCUCCAGUAAUGGCUUAUCCUAUUAUUGGAAAACCCUACAGAUUUUACACAAAUGCAUGUGACUAUGGCCUUGGAGGAAUAUUACAGCAAGUCCAAUCCAUCAAGAUAAAGGACUUAAAAGGGACAAAGGCAUACAAGUACUUAAGGGGGGAAUAUGACAAAGGAAACCCAGUUCCCAGAAUGACAAUUCCUGCUUCCAAGCAGAGAGACAACGUGGCUGGGGGGAUAAAUGGGAUAAGCAAGACUUUGAAGAAACAACUGUACAAGAUUCUAAAAGAAGCAGAAAGAAACUACUCCCCAACAGAGCGCAAAGCUUUAGCCCUCAAGGAAGCACUUGUGAAAUUUCAGGUAUACUUGGAAGGAGAUGAAUUUGUUGCUAUCACAGAUCACGCCGCUCUCACUUGGAGCAAGACUUACAAUAAUGUCAACAGAAGACUCAUGACAUGGGGCCUAGUAUUCUCAGCCUACCCAGGAAUGCAGAUUGUGCACCGCGCAGGAAGAGUACAUGACAAUGCAGAUCCUAUCUCAAGACUUAGGAGGAGAACCCCAUAUCAUACCAGCCCUCUGGCAGAUCAAUUGACUCCACUCAAGCUCAAUAUGGAGGAAGACUCAUUAAGAAACCUCUAUAAGGAGAUAAAUGAAUGUUUUGAAGAGAAACUCCUUAGAGUUGCAAGCGCAUUCACCCAGAGUUACAAAAUUAGAAAUAGCCAGAAGCCCAUCAAGAAGUGGAUACCCACACUGGCAGAAGCUAUCCCCUAUCAAACAACUACAUCAUACUCUGUGGAAAUAUCAAUAAACUCAGAAGAAAUCACAAGGUUCAUAGAAGCAUACAAGAAGGACUCCCAUUUUAAGCAAGUAAUGGAAGAGUUCCAAUUGCACCACAAUCCACUCAAUUCACCCUUCCAUCAAUACCAGAUAGGAGAUAAUGGAUUGAUCUACUUUAUAGAUUCCCAGGAAAAGUAUUGGCUAUGUGUACCUAAGGAUCUACAAGUAGAUAUUUUGAAGGAAAAUCAUGAUAACCUCAAUCAAGGAGCACAUGCUGGUUAUGCUAAGACAUAUCAUUGA